AUGCAGCCCCGAGGCGCAGAGUCUGGUGGUGGCGGUGGUGUACUUCGUGGUAACCGUCUGGUGGUGGCGGUGGUGUACCUCGUGGGCAACUACAGGGACAGCUCGCACCUCCAGGUGCAACUCCAGGUGCAACUCCAGGUGCAACUCCAGGUGCAACUCCAGUGGCUGUGGCAGUACAGCGCAGCUCUAGCCUGCAUCGGCUGCAUGGUGCUGCAGGGCUUCAUAGACGACGUGCUCGAGACACCCAGCCGUACGAUGUGCUCGAGACACCCAAACGCGUGUGAGUGGGUGCUGGCCUGGGUGCUUGCUGGGGUAUGGGUGCUGGGGAGUGGGUGCUGGGGAAUGUGCUGGGGAAUGGGUGCUGCUGGGGUAUUGUUUCUUAGCCGCCUCAAGGGUGCAUGCAUGGUGCUGCAGGGCUUCAUAGACGGUGUGCUAGAAACUUCAAAACGCGUAAAAAUAAUCUUCCCCGCCAUCGCCUCCCUGCCUCUCCGUUCCCCCUUCCCCUCCCUUCCCCCCCCUUCAACCCCCUCUUUCUUCCCCUGGUCCCCCGCCACACCUCCACCUCCCCCACAGCAAGCUUAUUUUCCCCGCCAUUGCCUCCCUGCCUCUCCUCAUGGCUUAUUUUCUUUUCUCUACCCGAAAGAAGUGGGGAAGGUAGAGAAAAGAAACGGUGCAAGAGGUAAGCGGCUUUUGGGGGUGGUACUGCUGUUCAACAUAUGGCAAAUAGGCGAGCUUCCAGGCUUCAAGUUGCAACUGCAGCUAGACAUGCAGCAGGCCCACCUCUUCUCCAUCUACCUCAUCCUCCCUCUCCUCGCCUGCACACUCGCCUUGCUGGUCUUCAACUGGUACCCCUCGCAGGUCUUUGUGGGUGAAUUAGGUCUCACAUUCACGUCCUUCAAUCCCCAUUUCCUUCUCCCUCCCUCCUCCACCCCCUCUCCCUCCCGCCCUCUCCUCCUCCCUUGCCUGCUCUCUGUGUACCCCUCGCGCAGGUAUCCCUCGCAGGUCUUUGUGGGAGACACAUUCACCUACUUUGCUGGAAUCACACUCGCAUCUGGUCCCCCUUUCACGUACCCCUCGCAGGUCUUUGUGGGAGACACAUUCACCUACUUUGCUGGAAUCACACUGGUCGUGGUUGGCAUUUUGGGUAACUUCAGGUCAUCAAUGCCAUCUACUCCCUUCCCUUCCCUCCAGCGAGACUCUGCUGCUGCUAUGCCUCCCUCAGGUUAUCAAUUCCUGAGGCGCCUCGAAAAUGUACCCUUUUCUCCCUUCCCUUCCCUCCAGCGAGACUCUGCUGCUGCUAAUGCUCCCUCAGGUCAUCAAUGCCAUCUUCUCCCUUCCCUUCUCUCCAGCGAGACUCUGCUGCUGCUAUUCCCCCCUCAGGUCAUCAAUGCCAUCUACUCCUUUCCCCAGUAUCGUGCCCCCUUUCUCUCUGCCUACGCCCUCCCUCCCACCAGGUUCGACCCAGCCACACACCGUCUGACAGGCAGCAAUGACCUCAACCUGGUGAACCUCUUCCUGCGCCUCUUCGGCCCGUGCACCGAGGAACAGCUCUGCAUCCGCCUGCUGCUCUUCCAGGUGCAUUAG